ACAGAGCUGCACAUGAGCCGUCUUAGGAAAUCUAAUCUACAUAUAACAAAGGAAGAAAAGCAUUUCACAACAUAAACACUGGGUGUAAAAGAGGAAAUCGGGAGGCCCCCGCGCUGUAUACUAACAAGAGCUCCGGUGAAGUUUCUUCGGCAGAAGUGAAUGGUAGUGUCUAGAAAGGGUAUGUCCCUUCAGGAGAGAGGUGCCAAUGUCCAGCCGGCCUAAUACCAAUCCAGGGGGGUCACUGCGACGUUCACAGAGGAACACUGCUGGGGCCCAGCCGCAAGAGGACACUGCAGGAGGAAGCAACAGGUCCCAGUUAGAGCAGGCAGAACAUAAGACCCUUAGCCUUCCUGAAAGCAGAAAGUCACUUUCUAAGACCCCCAAAGUGCAGUCUAAUACAGCUACUGGCCAGUCCAGGGGAUACAGCUCUAAAAGGGGCUGUACCUCAUCUUCUGUUUUAAUAUCACAACCUGAAGAUCCAGAACGAAGUAGCACCUCAGAAAUUCAAAGGCCUAAGAAAGAAACCUCCCGUGGGGUAAAGCGUAGUGCCAGCCUUGAUUAUAGCCGGACCAACUCCCCUAGCUCUGCUAAGAAACCCAAAGCACUUCAGCACGUCGAGCCCUCUGCUGGGACGCGGCGACCAAAUAAUAAACCUAAAAAGAGACAGAUUGACCAGGAGCAUUCAGCUCCACCCACAUCAUUGCCGUCGACGAGCAAAGCGUACGGCAGGAAGGGUGGAGCCCCCGGCACCUCUCCGCUGCACAAAAGAAAAAGGACAGAUAAUUCCUCUUGUGUGAAGAGCAGCAGUACAGCCGUAGUAGCGACUGGUGCAGAAGACAGGCCUCCAAAACCCACCAAGCUGGCUUCAAAAUCGGCCACCUCAGCCAAAGCUGGGUGUAGCACCAUUACUGAUUCCUCUUCUUCUGCCUCCACUUCCUCCUCUUCUUCCUCUGCUGUCGCCUCUGUCUCUUCUGCUGCACCCCCAGGAGCUCGAGUGAAACAAGGGAAGGAUCAGAACAAGGCUAGACGAUCGCGCUCUGCCUCAAGUCCAAGCCCUCGAAGAAGCAGCCGAGAAAAAGAACAGGCCAAAGCCAGCAGCUCUUCAAAGUUUGAUUGGGCAGCUCGAUUCAGCCCAAAAGUCAGCCUCCCUAAAACAAAACUUUCCCUCCCCGGAUCUUCCAAGGCUGAGACAUCGAAACCUGGACCCUCAGGAUUACAGGCGAAACUAGCAAACUUAAGAAAAUCCACUAAGAAGCGCAGUGAGUCGCCACCUGCUGAGCUCCCCAGCCUGCGGCGGAGCACAAGACAAAAGACCACGGGCUCCUGUGCUAGCACCAGUCGGCGAGGCUCUGGCCUGGGCAAGAGAGCAGCGGCUGAAGCUCGCCAACAAGAGAAAAUGGCAGAUCCUGAUAAUCAGGAAGGGGCCAACUCUUCGGCUGCACGCACAGAUGAUACUGCCCAGGGAGCAGCAGGAACAACAGGCGAAAGAUCUUCAUCUCUUCUCUCCCCUCCAGCCUCUAGCUCUGUAGCUGGUGCUGUGGGGAUGACGACAUCUGGAGAAAGUGAGAGCGAUGACUCUGAAAUGGGGAGACUACAAGCUCUCCUUGAAGCCAGAGGCCUUCCUCCUCAUCUGUUUGGACCUCUUGGACCUCGUAUGUCUCAACUCUUCCAUCGGACAAUAGGAAGUGGAGCAAGCUCCAAGGCUCAGCAGUUGCUACAGGGUCUUCAGGCGACAGAUGAGAGUCAGCAACUUCAAGCGGUCAUUGAGAUGUGCCAACUGCUGGUGAUGGGAAACGAAGAAACACUUGGAGGAUUCCCUGUAAAGAAUGUAGUGCCUGCACUGAUAACUUUGCUGCAGAUGGAACACAACUUUGACAUUAUGAACCAUGCAUGUCGAGCCUUAACAUACAUGAUGGAAGCACUUCCACGUUCCUCAGCUGUGGUUGUUGAUGCUAUCCCGGUGUUUUUAGAGAAGCUGCAAGUCAUUCAAUGCAUUGAUGUAGCAGAACAGGCUCUCACUGCUUUAGAAAUGUUAUCCCGCAGGCACAGUAAAGCCAUUUUACAGGCUGGAGGACUUGCCGACUGCCUGUUAUAUCUAGAGUUCUUCAGCAUCAAUGCUCAGAGGAACGCUUUAGCCAUAGCAGCGAAUUGCUGCCAGAGCAUUAGUCCAGAUGAGUUUCACUUUGUUGCUGAUUCUCUGCCGCUGCUGACACAGAGAUUAACACAUCAGGAUAAGAAAUCCGUUGAAAGCACUUGCCUCUGUUUUGCACGUCUGGUAGAUAAUUUUCAGCAUGAAGAGAACCUUCUUCAGCAAGUGGCUUCCAAAGACUUGCUCACCAACAUCCAGCAACUUUUGGUAGUGACACCACCGAUUUUGAGCUCGGGCAUGUUCAUCAUGGUAGUCAGGAUGUUCUCCUUGAUGUGUUCUAACUGCCCCACGCUGGCCGUGCAGCUCAUGAAGCAAAACAUAGCAGAAACUCUUCACUUCCUUUUGUGUGGGGCCUCAAAUGGUAGUUGCCUGGAGCAAAUUGACCUGGUCCCUAGGAGUCCCCAAGAGUUGUAUGAACUGACUUCACUUAUAUGUGAACUGAUGCCGUGUUUACCAAAAGAAGGAAUAUUUGCUGUUGAUACAAUGUUAAAGAAAGGAAAUGCUCAAAACACAGACGGGGCCAUUUGGCAAUGGAGGGAUGAUCGCGGGCUCUGGCACCCAUACAGCCGUAUUGACAGUCGAAUCAUAGAGGCAGCCCAUCAGGUUGGUGAGGAUGAAAUAAGUUUGUCUACACUGGGGCGUGUUUAUACUAUUGAUUUUAAUUCUAUGCAGCAAAUCAACGAGGAUACCGGAACUGCACGCGCCAUUCAGAGAAAACCUAACCCUUUAGCCAAUGCUAAUACUAGUGGUCAUUCUGAACUAAAAAGAGAUGAUGCCAGGGCGCAGUUGAUGAAAGAGGACCCUGAGCUGGCGAAGUCUUUUAUUAAGACCUUGUUUGGAGUGCUUUAUGAAGUGUAUAGCUCUUCAGCGGGACCCGCCGUCAGACACAAGUGCCUUAGAGCAAUUCUUAGGAUAAUUUAUUUUGCUGAUGCUGAGCUCCUAAAAGAUGUUUUAAAAAACCAUGCUGUUUCCAGUCACAUUGCAUCCAUGUUGUCAAGUCAGGACCUUAAAAUAGUGGUUGGAGCUCUUCAGAUGGCUGAGAUAUUGAUGCAAAAAUUGCCAGAUAUUUUCAGCGUGUACUUUAGGAGGGAAGGUGUCAUGCAUCAAGUGAAGAACUUGGCUGAAUCUGAAACACUUUUAACAAGUCCUCCAAAGGUCUGCACCAAUGGCUCUGGUUCUCUUGCAAGUGCAGCUACCAUAAACACUGGAACUGGCACUGCGGCUGGAAAUGCAGCUGCUGACCUUGGGUCUCCAAGCCUGCAGCACAGAGAUGAUUCCUUAGAUCUUAGCCCACAAGGUCGGCUCAGUGAUGUUUUGAAGAGAAAGAGGCUACCAAAACGUGGGCCAAGGAGGCCAAAAUAUUCUCCGCCUAGAGAUGAAGACAAAGCGGACAAUCAAGCAAAAAGCCCAACGGCCACACAGUCCCCAAAAUCCUCAUUUCUGGCUAGCUUAAACCCGAAAACCUGGGGCAGGUUGAGCACACAGUCAAAUAGCAACAAUAUAGAGCCAGCACGGACAGCAGGAGUUAGUGGAUUGGCAAGAACAGCUUCUAAGGAUACCAUCUCAAACAACAGAGAGCGAAUCCGUGGAUGGAUCAAAGAGCAGGCACAUAAAUUUGUAGAGCGAUAUUUCAGCUCGGAGAGCAUGGAUGGCAGCAAUCCUGCAUUAAAUGUACUCCAGAGACUCUGCAAUGCCACAGAGCAGCUCAACCUUCAGGUGGAUGGUGGCGUUGAGUGCCUUGUAGAAAUCCGGAGUAUUGUCUCAGAGUCAGAUGUUUCUUCUUUCGAAAUACAGCACAGUGGGUUUGUGAAGCAACUACUUCUCUACUUGACUUCGAAGAGUGAAAAAGAUGCUGUUAGCAGAGAUAUUCGACUAAAAAGGUUUCUGCAUGUCUUCUUUGGGUCCCCACUUCCAGGAGAGGAGCCGCUUGGGAGGAUAGAGCUGACAGAAAAUGGUCAUUUGCUUUCAUUGGUACACAAGAUGAACAACUGCCUCAGUCAGAUGGAACAAUUUCCAGUCAAAGUACAUGACUUUCCAAGCGGUAAUGGUACAGGAAGCAGAGGUUCACAAGCUCUAAAGUUUUUCAAUACUCACCAGCUUAAAUGUCAACUGCAAAGACAUCCAGAAUGCACUAAUGUGAAGCAGUGGAAAGGUGGGCCAGUUAAAAUUGAUCCACUAGCUCUUGUGCAAGCAAUUGAGAGAUAUCUGGUGGUUAGAGGUUAUGGCAGAGUGAGAGAAGAUGAUGAGGACAGUGAUGAUGAUGGCUCUGAUGAAGAAAUUGAUGAAUCAUUGGCGGCUCAGUUUUUGAAUUCUGGAAAUGUACGGCAUAGGCUACAGUUUUACAUUGGUGAUCACUUACUUCCUUACAACAUGACAGUGUACCAAGCAGUAAGACAGUAUAGCAUACAGACAGAGGAGGAAAGAGAGUCUACAGAUGAUGAAAGCAAUCCUCUAGGAAGAGCUGGUAUCUGGACCAAGACCCACACUAUCUGGUACAAACCAGUUAGAGAAGAGGAAGAGAGCACUAAGGACACAGUAGGUGGCAAACGUGGUCGUGCUCAAACUGCACCAACCAAAACAUCUCCUAGGAAUUCAAAGAAACAUGAUGAACUGUGGCAUGAUGGUGUUUGCCCAAAAAUUGCUAAUCCUUUAGACUAUUACCUCAUCUCCACCCCACCUGAAAAUAUUACCUUUGAUGACCCAUCCCUUGAUGUGGUGAUCCUUCUAAGGGUUCUUCAUGCCAUCAGUAGAUACUGGCAUUACUUGUUUGAUAAUGCCAUCUGCAAAGAGAUCAUUUCCACAUCAGAGUUUAUCAAUAGUAAACUGACUGCAAAGGCAAACAGGCAGCUGCAAGAUCCUUUGGUUAUCAUGACCGGGAAUAUUCCCACUUGGUUGACAGAGCUUGGGAAAAGCUGUCCGUUCUUCUUUCCGUUCGAUACACGGCAAAUGUUGUUCUACGUGACUGCAUUUGAUAGAGAUCGGGCAAUGCAGAGACUGCUUGACACUAACCCCGAAAUCAACCAGUCAGAUUCUCAGGACAGCAGAGUGGCCCCCAGGCUCGACAGGAAAAAGCGCACUGUGAAUAGAGAGGAGCUUCUGAAACAAGCUGAAUCUGUAAUGCAGGAUCUGGGAAGCUCCCGAGCUAUGCUGGAGAUCCAGUAUGAGAAUGAAGUUGGAACUGGAUUGGGACCCACUUUGGAGUUUUAUGCACUUGUAUCUCAGGAAUUACAAAGAGCCGAUCUUGGCCUUUGGAGAGGUGAAGAAAUCAUGCUUGCUAAUCCAAAAGGAAAUCAAGAAGGGACCAAGUAUGUUCACAACCUGCAGGGGCUGUUUGCGCUUCCCUUUGGUCGGACUGCUAAACCAGCACAUAUUGCUAAAGUGAAAAUGAAGUUCCGUUUUCUUGGGAAAUUAAUGGCAAAAGCCAUCAUGGACUUCAGACUGGUGGACAUUCCACUUGGACUGCCGUUCUACAAAUGGAUGUUACGACAGGAAACCUCCUUGGCCUCGCAUGAUUUGGUCAAUGUUGACCCAGUGGUUGCAAAAUCUGUUUAUCAUCUGGAAGAAAUUGUGAGGCAGAAAAAGAGACUGGAACAGGAUAAGGCACUGACCAAAGAGAGUCUGCAAUUUGCACUUGAAAGUUUGAAUAUGAAUGGCUGCUCUAUAGAAGAUCUGGGUCUGGACUUUACACUACCAGGAUUUCCUAAUAUUGAGUUGAAAAAGGGAGGGAAGGAUGUGCCUGUGACUAUUCACAAUCUGGAUGAAUAUGUACGGCUUGUAAUUUAUUGGGCAUUGAAUGAAGGCGUCUCCAGACAGUUUGACUCCUUUAGAGAUGGCUUUGAAUCAGUCUUCCCUCUCAACCACCUGCAGUAUUUUUACCCAGAGGAGUUGGAUCAGCUUCUUUGUGGCAGUAAGACUGAUCCUUGGGAUGUAAAGACACUGAUGGAGUGCUGUAGGCCUGACCAUGGAUAUACACAUGAUAGUCGUGCUGUGAAAUUUCUUUUUGAAAUCCUCAGUAGUUUUGACCCUGAGCAGCAGAGACUCUUCCUCCAGUUUGUCACAGGGAGCCCAAGACUGCCGGUUGGAGGAUUCCGGAGCUUGAACCCUCCGCUUACCGUGGUCCGCAAGACUUUCGAGUCAACUGAAAACCCGGACGAUUUCUUGCCCUCCGUUAUGACCUGCGUCAACUAUCUUAAGCUGCCAGACUAUUCCAGCAUUGAGAUCAUGCGUGAGAAACUGUUAAUUGCUGCACGCGAAGGACAACAGUCAUUCCACCUCUCCUGAUCCAAUGGGACCUUGCUUAAGAUAACAAAUCAUUAUUACUUUUCUAAACGUGUCACCAGAGUCAAGGCGACAACCUCCGCCUUAUUGUAGAGAAAAGAAAUGCAGAUAACUGUAAACACAGUAAAAAAAAAGAGACCUACUAGUUCCAUUAAACAGCCCCCUGGAUGUCUAAAACUUAUCAGGCUUGAAAGAUAAAUGACAUAAGUUUGUUUAGAAAGUUAUUUUUUUUCUUUUGCUUAAAUUAUCCUUUAUUUCAAGAGUGAAGUUUUUAAAUUGCUUUGCAGUGUGACUUUAAAAAAAAGGAGGAAUAUUAAAGAAAAACAGUCUGAGGAAGAAAAAAAGGGAUGUUUUUGAAGCUGGAAAAAAAUAAAUAUUGCUGUGCAGUUUAAAAAUCCCAGUUUGUGUGUAUCCAUCAAGCUAAAAUGAGUCAACACCCUCCACCACUUGUUCCCAUCUGAAAUCAGCAGAUUCUGCAUACAGGAACAUGGAAUCGCAAAGCCUGUUCUUUGACAAAUCUAGUUAUGUAGUUGAGUGUAUUUUUCUCACUUGACACAGCCUCCCUGGUUACUUGUUAUGUGCAAUUGUUUCCUGCGAGUGCAGACUUGAUGGCAGACAGUCUCAUUGUUAGUUUUUUGUGGAAGCAGCAAAUCUGCCUCAGGGUAGAGUACCAUCUACCAGAGGGUGAUUUACCAACAAGCUCCCGAAACGUGUGGGCACGAUGGUCUGAGAGGAAGAGAUUUCAUGGUUUGUACUGGCCUUCUUUCAAGGAUACUUUAAAACUGUUUACACAGUAUAUAAAGAACUGAGUGGUGUUUUUUUGUUCCUUUUUGAUUUGUUUAAAAUGUAAAAGUAAAAAAAAAUAAUAAUAAUAAAAAAUACAACAAAAAAACUUGGCUGGCAUGUAUUUAUCCAAAUACAGCCUUAGCAUUUCAAUUUAAUGUAUAUUUUAAGAAAAAUAUAAAAAAAAAAAUACAGUUUAAUGCCCUGUUUAAUUUUCUUUCUGCUUCAGAUUAUUAUUAUUAUAUUUUUUUUAAGGUUUUUUUUUCCGGGUCUAGUUGGGAGGGGGGGUUGGAAAUGUUUUGACAAUUGAAAGCAAAUGUUCUCAAUGUCCUGUUCUAUGUGCUGAUUUCUCAGAUCUGCAAUAAUCUACUUCAUCAGGUUCAUGUUUUUACCUGAAUAUAAAUAAAACAGAGAAAAAGUUUG